UUUAAUUGAGGAAUCAACAGCCGCCAUCUUGUCGCGGACCCGACCGGGGCUUCGAGCGCGAUCUACUCGGCCCCGCCGGUCCCGGGCCCCACAACCGCCCGCGCACCCCGCUCCGCCCGGCCGGCCCGCUCCGCCCGGCCCUCGGCGCCCGCCCCAGCGGCCCCGCUCGCCUCUCGGCUCGGCCUCCCGGAGCCCGGCGGCGGCGGCAGCGGCGGCAGCGGCGGCGGCGGCGGCACGGGGGUGGGGGGGCCGCGGCGGCGGCGGCGACCCCGCUCGGCGCAUUGUUUUUUCUCCCGGCGGCGGCGGCGGCGGCGGCGGGCCGCGGGCGGCGAGCCGAGCCCGGAGCCCCCUCGUCGUCGGGCCGCGAGCGAAUUCAUUAAGUGGGGCGCGGGGGGGGGGAGAGCGAGGCGGCGGCGCGGCACCAUGUUCCCGGGGACUGCCUGAGCCGCCCGGCCGGGCGCCGUCGCUGCCAGCCGGGCCCGGGGGGACGGCCGGGCCGCCUGGGCGCCCCCGCCGCGGAGUGUCGCGCACGGGAGGCGGGCAGGGGAUGAGGGGGCCGCGGCCGGCGGCGGCGGCGGCCGGGGGCGGGCGGUGAGCGCUGCGGGGCGCUGUUGCUGUGGCUGAGAUUUGGCCGCCGCCUCCCCCACCCGGCCUGCGCCCUCCUCCCCUCGGCGCCCGCCGGCCCGCCGCGGCCCGCGCUCGCUCCUCGCUCGCUCCUGGCUCGCGGCCGGCCGGGCCCCCGACCCCUCGUACGGACCGUCCCGGCCUCGCCGCCCGCGCUUGGGGCUGUUUUCGCGAGCUUGUGAAAAUGGCCGAGAACUUGCUGGACGGACCGCCCAACCCCAAACGAGCCAAACUCAGCUCGCCGGGCUUCUCGGCGAAUGACAGCACAGAUUUUGGAUCAUUGUUUGACUUGGAAAAUGAUCUUCCCGAUGAACUGAUCCCCAAUGGAGGAGAAUUAGGUCUUUUAAACAGUGGGAGCCUUGUUCCAGAUGCUGCUUCCAAACAUAAACAGCUGUCAGAGCUUCUGCGAGGAGGCAGCAGCUCUGCUGUCAACCCAGGACUAGGAAAUGUGAGCGCCAGCAGCCCGGUGCAGCAGGGUCUUGGGGGCCAGGCUCAAGGGCAGCCCAACAGUACGAACUUGGCCAGCCUGGGUGCCAUGGGUAAGAGUCCUCUGAACCAGGGAGAUUCUUCUGCCCCCAGCCUGUCCAAGCAGGCAGCCAGUACCUCUGGGCCCACCCCCCCUGCUUCCCAAGCACUGAAUCCACAAGCACAAAAGCAAGUGGGGCUGGUCACCAGCAGCCCUGCUACGUCACAGACUGGACCUGGAAUCUGCAUGAGUGCUAACUUCAACCAGACCCACCCAGGCCUCCUCAACAGUAACUCUGGCCACAGCUUGAUGAAUCAGGCCCAGCAAGGGCAGGCGCAAGUCAUGAACGGAUCUCUUGGAGCUGCUGGCAGAGGAAGAGGAGCUGCAAUGCCGUAUCCUCCGCAGGCCAUGCAAGGGACCACGAGCAGUGUGCUGGCUGAGACCUUAACGCAGGUUUCCCCACAGAUGGCUGGCCACGCAGGACUGAACACUGCCCAGGCUGGAGGCAUGCCCAAGAUGGGAAUGACUGGUAAUACAAGUCCGUUUGGACAACCCUUUAGUCAAACUGGAGGGCAGCAGAUGGGAGCCAGUGGAGUGAACCCCCAGUUACCCAGUAAGCAGACCCUGGUCAAUAGUUUGCCCACGUUCCCCACAGACAUCAAGAACACUUCAGUCACCAGUGUGCCAAAUAUGUCUCCGAUGCAAACAUCAGUGGGAAUUGUACCCACACAGGCAAUUGCAACGGGCCCUACUGCGGAUCCUGAAAAACGCAAGCUGAUACAGCAGCAGCUGGUUCUACUGCUUCACGCUCACAAAUGUCAAAGACGAGAACAAGCAAACGGGGAGGUGCGGGCCUGCUCUCUCCCUCAUUGUCGAACCAUGAAGAACGUCCUGAAUCACAUGACACACUGUCAGGCUGGGAAGGCCUGCCAAGUUGCCCAUUGUGCAUCUUCACGACAAAUCAUCUCUCAUUGGAAGAACUGCACACGACAUGACUGUCCUGUUUGCCUCCCUUUGAAAAAUGCCAGUGACAAGCGAAACCAACAAACCAUCUUGGGGUCUCCUGCUAGUGGAAUUCAAAACACAAUUGGCUCUGUUGGCACAGGGCAGCAGAAUGCCACUUCUUUAAGUAACCCGAAUCCCAUAGACCCCAGCUCCAUGCAGCGAGCCUAUGCUGCUCUCGGACUCCCCUACAUGAACCAGCCUCAGACGCAACUGCAGCCGCAGGUUCCCGGCCAGCAACCAGCACAGCCUCAGACCCAUCAGCAGAUGCGGACGCUCACCCCCCUGGGAAAUAACCCCAUGAACAUUCCAGCAGGCGGAAUGACAGCAGAUCAGCAGCCACCAAACCUGAUUUCAGAAUCAGCUCUUCCUACUUCCCUUGGCGCCACCAACCCCCUGAUGAAUGAUGGCUCCAACUCUGCUAACAUCGGGACUCUGAGCACGAUGCCUGCGGCGGCACCUCCUUCCAGUACUGGGGUUCGAAAAGGCUGGCACGAGCACGUCACUCAGGACCUCCGGAGCCAUCUAGUGCACAAGCUUGUCCAAGCCAUCUUCCCGACACCUGACCCUGCAGCUCUCAAGGAUCGCCGUAUGGAGAACCUGGUCGCCUAUGCUAAGAAAGUAGAAGGGGACAUGUAUGAGUCUGCUAACAGCAGGGAUGAAUACUAUCACUUACUAGCAGAGAAAAUCUACAAAAUACAAAAGGAACUAGAGGAAAAGCGGAGAUCCCGUUUACAUAAACAGGGCAUCUUGGGUAACCAGCCAGCCUUAGCAGCCACAGGCGCUCAGCCCCCCGGGAUUCCACCGACACAAUCUGUGAGACCUCCAAAUGGGCCUCUGCCCCUGCCAGUGAAUCGCAUGCAGGUUUCCCAAGGGAUGAAUUCAUUUAACCCAAUGUCCUUGGGGAACGUCCAGCUUCCACAAGCACCCAUGGGACCACGGGCAGCCUCUCCCAUGAAUCACUCGGUGCAGAUGAACAGCAUGGGCUCUGUCCCAGGGAUGGCUAUUUCUCCUUCUCGAAUGCCUCAGCCUCCGAACAUGAUGGGUACACAUGCCAACAACAUGAUGGCUCAGACGCCCACGCAGAACCAGUUCCUGCCACAGAAUCAGUUCCCAUCAUCCAGUGGGGCGAUGAGUGUGAACAGUGUGGGCAUGGGGCAGCCGACAGGCCAGACAGGUGUGACACAGGGGCAGGUGCCUGGUGCUGCUCUUCCUAAUCCUCUGAACAUGCUUGGGCCACAGACCAACCAGCUGUCGUGCCCUCCAGUGACACAGUCACCACUGCAUCCAACGCCACCUGCUGCUUCUGUGGCUGCUGGCCUGCCAUCCCUGCAGCACCCACCACCACCUGGGAUGACACCUCCCCAACCAGCAGCUCCUGCUCAGCCAUCAACUCCAGUGUCAUCUUCUGGACAGACUCCUACUCCAACUCCAGGCUCAGUACCCAGUGCUGCCCAAACACAGAGCACUCCCACAGUGCAGGCAGCAGCCCAGGCCCAGGUGACCCCACAGCCUCAAACCCCAGUUCAGCCCCCGUCUGUGGCUACUCCUCAGUCCUCGCAGCAGCAGCCUACACCUGUGCACACACAGCCUCCUGGUACACCGCUUUCCCAGGCAGCAGCCAGCAUUGAAAACAGAGUCCCCACACCUUCUUCAGUGGCCAGUGCUGAAGCCAGUUCCCAGCAGCAGGGACCUGACGUCCCUGUGCUGGAGAUGAAGACAGAGAUCCUGACUGAGGACGCUGAGCCCGAUCCUGGGGAACCCAAAGGGGAACCUCGAUCCGAGGUGAUGGAGGAGGAUUUACAAGGAUCCUCCCAGGUUAAAGAAGAACCAGACACAGCAGAACAAAAAUCAGAACCAAUGGAUGUAGAUGAAAAGAAGCCUGAAGUCAAAGUAGAAGCUAAGGAGGAGGAAGAGAACAGCGCCAAUGGAACAGCCUCCCAGUCAACAUCACCUUCACAGCCACGCAAGAAAAUUUUUAAACCUGAGGAGCUACGCCAGGCACUCAUGCCAACUCUGGAAGCACUCUAUCGACAGGACCCAGAGUCUUUACCAUUUCGACAGCCUGUAGAUCCUCAGCUUCUAGGAAUUCCAGAUUAUUUUGACAUUGUGAAGAAUCCCAUGGACCUUUCUACCAUCAAGCGGAAGCUGGAUACAGGACAGUACCAAGAACCUUGGCAGUACGUGGAUGAUGUCUGGCUGAUGUUCAACAAUGCCUGGCUCUAUAAUCGUAAGACGUCACGUGUCUACAAGUUUUGCAGUAAACUCGCAGAAGUCUUUGAGCAAGAAAUUGACCCUGUCAUGCAGUCCCUUGGAUAUUGCUGUGGACGCAAGUAUGAAUUUUCCCCUCAGACUUUGUGCUGCUACGGGAAGCAGCUGUGUACAAUUCCCCGUGAUGCUGCCUACUACAGUUAUCAGAAUAGGUAUCAUUUCUGUGAGAAGUGUUUCACAGAGAUACAGGGCGAGAAUGUGACCCUGGGGGACGACCCUUCACAACCCCAGACGACAAUUUCAAAGGAUCAGUUUGAAAAGAAGAAAAAUGAUACCUUAGACCCUGAACCUUUUGUCGAUUGCAAGGAGUGUGGCCGGAAGAUGCAUCAAAUUUGUGUGCUGCAUUAUGACAUCAUUUGGCCCUCAGGUUUUGUGUGCGACAACUGCUUGAAGAAAACUGGCAGACCUCGAAAAGAAAACAAAUUCAGCGCUAAGAGACUGCAGACCACACGACUCGGAAACCACCUGGAAGACCGAGUGAACAAAUUUCUGCGGCGCCAAAAUCACCCUGAGGCCGGGGAGGUUUUUGUCAGAGUGGUGGCCAGCUCUGACAAGACCGUGGAGGUCAAGCCUGGGAUGAAGUCACGGUUUGUGGAUUCUGGGGAAAUGUCCGAAUCUUUCCCAUAUCGAACCAAAGCACUGUUUGCUUUUGAGGAAAUUGAUGGGGUGGAUGUGUGCUUUUUUGGAAUGCAUGUCCAAGAAUACGGCUCUGACUGCCCCCCUCCAAACACAAGACGUGUGUAUAUAUCCUACCUGGACAGUAUUCACUUCUUCCGGCCACGGUGCCUCCGGACAGCCGUUUAUCAUGAAAUCCUCAUCGGGUAUCUAGAAUAUGUGAAGAAAUUGGGGUACGUGACAGGGCACAUCUGGGCCUGUCCCCCAAGUGAAGGAGAUGACUACAUCUUCCAUUGCCACCCUCCUGAUCAAAAAAUCCCGAAGCCAAAACGACUGCAGGAGUGGUACAAGAAAAUGCUGGAUAAGGCAUUCGCUGAACGCAUCAUUCAUGACUACAAGGACAUCUUCAAACAAGCAACUGAAGACAGGCUCACAAGUGCCAAGGAACUGCCCUAUUUUGAAGGUGAUUUCUGGCCCAAUGUGUUGGAAGAGAGCAUUAAGGAACUAGAACAAGAAGAGGAAGAAAGGAAGAAAGAAGAAAGCACUGCAGCUAGCGAGACCACCGAGGGCAGUCAAGGUGAUAGCAAGAAUGCCAAGAAGAAGAACAACAAAAAAACAAACAAGAAUAAGAGCAGCAUCAGCCGCGCCAACAAGAAGAAACCCAGCGUGCCCAGCGUGUCCAAUGACCUGUCCCAGAAGCUGUACGCCACCAUGGAGAAGCACAAGGAGGUCUUCUUUGUGAUCCACCUGCACGCGGGGCCUGUUAUCAACACCCUGCCCCCCAUCGUCGACCCCGACCCCUUGCUCAGCUGCGACCUCAUGGAUGGGCGGGACGCCUUCCUCACCUUGGCCAGGGACAAGCACUGGGAGUUCUCCUCCCUGCGCCGCUCCAAGUGGUCCACGCUGUGCAUGCUGGUGGAACUGCAUACCCAGGGCCAGGACCGCUUUGUCUAUACCUGCAACGAGUGCAAGCACCACGUGGAGACGCGCUGGCACUGCACCGUGUGUGAGGACUAUGACCUCUGUAUCAAUUGCUACAACACCAAGAGCCACACCCACAAGAUGGUGAAGUGGGGACUGGGCCUGGACGACGAAGGCAGCAGCCAAGGUGAACCACAAUCCAAGAGCCCCCAGGAGUCACGGCGCCUGAGCAUCCAGCGCUGCAUCCAGUCCCUGGUACACGCCUGCCAGUGCCGCAACGCCAAUUGCUCGCUGCCAUCCUGCCAGAAAAUGAAGCGGGUGGUGCAGCACACCAAGGGCUGCAAGCGUAAGACCAACGGCGGCUGCCCGGUGUGCAAGCAGCUCAUCGCCCUGUGCUGUUACCACGCCAAGCACUGCCAGGAGAACAAGUGCCCUGUGCCCUUCUGCCUCAACAUCAAACACAAGCUCCGCCAGCAGCAGAUCCAGCACCGGCUGCAGCAAGCCCAGCUCAUGCGCAGGCGGAUGGCCACUAUGAACACCCGCAACGUGCCUCAGCAGAGUUUGCCUUCUCCUACCUCAGCUCCACCCGGGACCCCCACACAGCAGCCUGGCACACCCCAGACACCACAGCCCCCUGCGCAGCCCCAGCCCUCACCCGUGAGCAUGUCACCAGCUGGCUUUCCCAGUGUGGCCCGGACUCAGCCCCCCACAACCGUGUCCACAGGGAAGCCCACCAGCCAGGUGCCGGCUCCCCCGCCCCCUGCCCAGCCCCCACCCGCAGCAGUGGAGGCAGCCAGGCAGAUCGAGCGCGAGGCCCAGCAGCAGCAGCACCUCUACCGUGUGAACAUCAACAGCAGCAUGCCCCCAGGACGCACGGGCCUUGGGACCCCUGGGAGCCAAAUGGCCCCUGUGGGCCUGAAUGUGCCUCGGCCCAACCAGGUGAGUGGGCCAGUAAUGCCCAGCAUGCCGCCUGGGCAGUGGCAGCAGGCAGCCCUCCCCCAGCAGCAGCCAAUGCCAGGCAUGCCCAGGCCUGUGAUAUCCAUGCAGGCCCAGGCAGCUGUGGCUGGGCCAAGGAUGUCCAAUGUCCCGCCACCGAGGAGCAUCUCGCCUAGCGCCCUGCAAGAUCUGCUGCGAACCCUGAAAUCACCCAGUUCCCCGCAGCAGCAACAGCAGGUGCUGAACAUCCUCAAAUCCAACCCACAGCUAAUGGCAGCUUUCAUCAAACAGCGCACAGCCAAGUACGUGGCCAACCAGCCUGGCAUGCAGCCCCAGCCCGGCCUCCAGCCCCAGCCCGGACUGCAGGCCCAGCCCGGCAUGCAUCAGCAGCCUGGCCUGCAAAACCUGAACCCCAUGCAAGCUGGGGUGCCGCGGCCGGGUGUGCCCCCGCAGCAGCAGGCAAUGGGAGGCCUGAACCCCCCAGGCCAGGCAUUGAACAUAAUGAACCCAGGACACAAUCCCAACGUGGCAAGUAUGAAUCCUCAAUACCGAGAAAUGCUGAGGCGGCAGCUACUGCAGCAGCAGCAACAGCAGCAGCAGCAGCAACAGCAGCAGCAGCAGCAAGGGGCUGCUGGCGUGGCCGGGGGCAUGCCUGGGCAUGGCCAGUUCCAACAGCCCCAGGGACCUGGUGCCUAUGCCCCAGCAAUGCAGCAGCAACGCAUGCAGCAGCACCUCCCCAUCCAGGGCAGCUCCAUGGGCCAGAUGGCAGCUCAGAUGGGACAGCUUGGUCAGAUGGGGCAGCCAGGACUGGGGGCAGAUGGCGCCCCCAACAUCCAGCAGGCUCUGCAGCAGCGGAUUCUGCAGCAGCAGCAGAUGAAGCAGCAGAUGGGCUCCCCAGGCCAGCCGAACCCCAUGAGCCCCCAGCAACACAUGCUCUCAGGACAGCCGCAGGCCUCACAUCUCCCUGGCCAACAGAUCACCACAUCCCUCAGCAACCAGGUGCGGUCUCCAGCCCCUGUCCAGUCUCCGCGGCCCCAGUCCCAGCCUCCACAUUCCAGCCCAUCACCGCGGAUACAGCCCCAACCUUCGCCACACCACGUCUCACCCCAGACUGGUUCCCCUCAUCCUGGACUUGCUGUCACUAUGGCCAGCUCCAUAGAGCAGGGACACUUGGGGACCCCCGAACAGAGUGCAAUGCUCCCCCAACUGAACACCCCCAAUAGGAGUGCACUGUCCAGUGAACUGUCCCUGGUCGGUGACACCACGGGAGAUACACUAGAAAAAUUUGUGGAGGGUUUGUAGCAUUAUGAGAGCAUGGGGUUUUUUUCCCUUUCGUGUCCCUGGACCUUUUGUACUGAAAACCCAGGCAUCUAGGGCCUUUUUACUCCCAGAUGGACUGCUGCUUCCACACCAUGGAAGGGUGGAUAGAUAUUUCAAGAAACAAUACAAAGAAUAUAUUUUUUUGUUAAAAACCAGUUGAUUUAAAUAUCUGGUCUCUCUCUUUCUCUCUAUUUGGCUUUUUUUUUCCUCCAGUUUUUUUCUUUUCCUUUUGGGGGAGGGGGGUUGGUUUGGAUUCUUUUUGUCGUCAUUGCUGGUGGUUCAUGCCUUUUUUUAACGGGAAAAACAAGCUCAUUAUAUUCAUAUUUUUUAUUUGUAUUUUCAAGACUUUAAACACUUAUGUUUAAAAGUGAGAAGAAAAAUAAUAUUCAGAAACUGAUUCCUGAAAUAAUGCAAGCUUAUAAUGUAUCCCGGUAACUUUCUGAUGUUGCGGGAAGAUUUUUUUCUAUAGUGAACUCUGUGGGCGUCUCCCAAGUAUUACCCUGGACAACAGGAAUUGACUCCGUGCACACACACGUACACACACCCACACACACAUCUAUCUGUAUGUGCUGGCUUACGCCAAACUCUUGUCUUGCAGAUGUAGAAAUUGUUGCUUUGUUUCUCUGAUAAAACUGGUUUUAGACAAAAAAUAGGGAUGAUCACUCUCUUAGACCAUGCUAAUGUUAAUAGAGAAGAAGCAUUCUUUUCUUUCUUCUAUGUGAAACUUGAAAUGAGGAAAAGCAAUUCUAGUGUAAAUCAUGCAAGCGCUAUAAUUACUAUAAAUAAGAAAACUCAAGAAGAUUCAAUCACUGUAUAGAAUGGUAAAGUACCAACUCAUUUCUUAUAUCAUAUUGUUAAAUAAACUGUGUGCAACAGACAAAAAGGGUGGUCCUUCUUGAAUUCAUGUACAUGGUAUUAACACUUAGUGUUCGGGGUUUUUUGUUAUGAAAAUGCUGUUUUCAACGUUGUAUUUGGACUAUGCAUGUGUUUUUUCCCCAUUGUAUAUAAAGUAUUGCUUAAAAUUGAUAUAAAUUACUGAAGUUUUUAACAUGUAUUCUGUUCUUUUAAGAUCCCUGUAAGAAUGUUUAAGGUUUUUAUUUAUUUAUAUAUAUUUUUUGAGUCUGUUCUUUGUAAGACAUGGUUCUGAUUGUUCACUCGGAGUGGAGAUGCGGGGCUACAGUCACAGUAGUGUAGUGGGUGGCAGUGGGCAUGGGUUCUGAGUGACCACCUGGGACUUCUCCCCCAAGAGACUGAGAGAGGCAGUGGGCCUGCAGCAGCCCUGGCCCGUGGCAUGCUCACCACCGCGGCUGGGAACAGCACUGUGCUUCCAGCUCACAUCCCAGUCUUCCUUCUCAGCCAGCCACCCCUGUGGGGAGAGCUCCCUACCUUCCUAGCCACAGAUCUAUCAUUGGGUGCUCUGGGGCCUCGGGGUGGUUCCUGGCUCCCCCUGAAAUCAUACCCUCAGGAGUGAGGACGCUGCCAAGCACUGUCCCACAUGAUUUGCAGGGCUGAGGAUUCCCUCUUUUGGAACAAACCCUACAGCAUCUGAGGCAGGCAAACUGGAGCCAGUUACCUUCCACCUGCCCCACCAGGAAAUUGUCUCCAGGUUUUGGAGGCGGGGGCAGCAGUAUGGCUGGCUCUAGUGGGUGUUUUGUGGUGUCAUGUUUAGAAGCCAUGACCCAGAUAACUUCCCCUUGGCCAAUCUGUUUACAGAUUUUCAAACAAACUUAAAUACCUAAUUUGAGAAUUUUUUUAAAAAAACUUAAAUUUGAGGAAAAUUUCCAGGACAUCAGAAACGUACAAUUUAGUCUUAGUACAGAGUUUUGAACCUUGAGUUUUAAUUAUGUAGAUUAAGCCAGAUAAGAAUAAAAUCCCCAACUAGCAUUCCUGAGCAACCCCUACGUGCACCCCACCCCAUAAAGGGAAGGCAGGGCCGAGGCCCUCCAGUGCAGACACACUGUCCUUGUUCACCUUGUGGGUUCUUGCAACUCAGUUCUCACAUCACCCUUUUCACCCACGGGAAGUCCCUGAGCCCAGGAGCCGCUCCAUGCCCACACUCCUGAGGUGGCCUGUCCCAGAUGCUGCAGGCAGCCGGGGCGGGGGCAGCUUCUUCAGCUCACCGUGGAGUUCACAACUUCAUGCACCCACCUCAUCCUCUGGAGUCUGCCUCGUGACCAAUCAUCUUGGGCCAUCCACAAGUCAAAGGACACGACCAGGGAUGUGGUGUGUGGUUGUAAGGAAAUUUCUGUAAGCGAGCCGGAGAGCCCAGGCGCUGUGUCUCGUGCUGUAUACUUACGAGAAGGAGAGGGUCCUAUAUUUGUGAUGAAAAAGAGGAAACUUGAAAUGUGCUGGUGUUUGUAAUAAAAGCUGAAAAAACUGC